AUGGCUCUUGCAACGCCUCCUCGCAAUGUCCACCCGGGAGACCUGCUCCUGGUUGUUCAUGAUUUUGAGGCCCGUGGACCGGAUGAGCUGAACCUGCGUCGUGGCGAAAAAAUUGAGCUGGUUGAAAUGGACGAUGGUUUUGGUGAUGGAUGGUAUCUUGGAAAGGAUUUAAACACAGGAACUCAAGGCCUCUUCCCGGGAGUAUACACUACCGCUGCCCCAAAGAUCCCCAUCCGGCAGAAAGACACCCUUGGAUCAAAUUCAUUGAAAACCGACCUCCAUAAUGUAAUGGGACAGGAAAUAUUCGCUUCACCUAUUAGUGGCGAUUCUACGCCCCAAGCUUCGCGACGUGCCAGUACGUCCGAUAUGAGCGCGCCAGAUGUUGAUGAUUCAACGGCCCCGACGCCCUCCCCAAAACAACAGCAGAGGUCCAGCUCCUCGCCCUUGCCGACGUCUAAAAUGGCGAUCGACAUCCAGAAGACCAUCCGACAAUCCAUUGAUGGCCACUUGAGUGGCCAGGACAGUCCGGUGAUGAACGAAACCUUGAGUGUCAUUGAUGAACACAUUACCGAUCUGAGUACACCUCGCCACAGUGUGACUGCCUCUCAAGAUUCCAAGCCGGUGAAUGACUCGGCAAGCGAAUAUAGCAGCACUUUCGAGCACCGGAUGUCUUACAUUAACGGUCAUGAAACCGACGAAGAAGAGGAAAGACAGCCGACGGAGGAAGAAGUUCGCCGAUGGAACCAUUCUGAGACGGCAAAACAUUUACGCCAGUUGGGACUUGAAGCCAAACACUGUGACAUAUUCGAGGAACAGGAGAUUACUGGCGAUGUACUCCUUGAUAUGAACCAGGACUUCCUCUUCAUGAAGGAGUUCGAUUUUGGUGUUAUGGGUCGGAGAUUGAAGACAUGGCAUAAAGUCAAAGCCUUCCAGGAAGAGGUCAAGGGUAUACCGCAGCAGCAAUCGUCACGCGGCUCAUCUUUUGCGACCCCUCAGGAUGAACGUGCUCCUAGCCGCGCAAGCCAUACUGGCCCUCUCUUUCCCAGAAUCCCCAAUCUAAGAGGGCCCAACGGCCCGACACAACACCCGCGGCUCAUCAGUAGCACUAUGCAGAGUAACACAGGUUCUCCUCUGACGUCACAAGCUCCAGUAUGGAUGGACCACUCUAGGAGACCAUCGGCCGCGUCCAUUCGUGAGAUCAACCAUUCGCGGCGCCAUUCUUCAAUCGAUACCACCAACCGAUACUCCGGGGUGGGAGACUCUUCUCCUGCCAGUCACCACAAGAAAAGCUCGUUUGAUCGGGGGUGGACCUUGAAUGGUGCUUCAGGAUCCCAACGGCGUCCCGGGUCAGCUCUCGGAGCAACAAACGAGAUUGUCACUCCAAAAUCUGUGUUUCACGUGGCGGAGUCCAAUGGUUCUGACUCGGUUACCACCGUUACCGAUGAUUUAGAUCGCGGUUACUUUUCGGGCCCGGAGGGAGAUGCCCGAAAGAAUCGGCGCGUCCUACAGAAACGAAGCUCUACCCAUGGCAGUGUUUCCACGCCAUCCAGCAUCCCGGAUGAGCAGUUUCAACUCAAAGUCAACAAACGUCACUCGCGUAUCAAUAGUGCUGAUUCUAUCAGGGAUGCGGCUCAAAUUACACCUCCCGCAGUCAAAGCUUCCCCACCUAGGGGUCGUUUCAGGAGUUUGAGCACUCGAGCUUCGGACCGACAUGGCCAGCAGUCCUCUAACCCGCCAUCUGCGGAAGAGAAACCUUCUGGCUCUGGAUUCUUCGCCGCAUUUUCGCUGGGUGGGAAAAAUAACGAGGAGCAGUCUCAACGCUCGAGCACUCUGCCUCUACAGGGGAUCAAGAGCGCUGGGCCUAAAUUCCGACGUGCUGUUGGUUUCCGUGCCAUGUCCGAGGCUGUUAAAGGGAUAGAUACAUCCAUCGCUCCCCCUUCUCCUAGCAAAGAUCCUGAGUCCCCCUCUGCUAGAACAGGAUCGACAACUCCUUCGACCACAAAGAGCUCAGAUCGACAUAGCACGGAUGGUUCGGGCAAGGCUGCAGAAAGCGGUGCUUCCUUGCCACGUGCCCGCACUCUUAGGUCCGGGACUAAGUCGAAGAAGGAUACAAGCGCUUAUACCCAGGGCCUGGAGAAGAAGACCCCGAAGGAGCAGAUGCAAGGGUGCGAUUUUUCGGGGUGGAUGAAGAAGAAGUCCUCAAACCUUAUGACGACGUGGAAGCCGCGUCUCUUUGUGUUGCGUGGUCGUCGUCUGUCGUAUUAUUACUCAGAAGAUGACACCGAGGAGCGUGGUCUUAUCGACAUUACAGCCCACCGCGUGCUUCGCGCGGAUAACGACCCUCUCAUCGCCCUGCAUGCGACCUUGACUGGUUCCACAGCCUCGCCAACCUCGCCGUCUGGGUCUACUGCCGAUGGCCCUUCAUCCGAUAAAGCCUCAGGCUCGGAAUCCUCUCUCCGCGGGUCCAAGCCCGUCGGAGAAGGCCCUUUUUUCUUCAAGCUCGUACCACCAAAAUCGGGCACUUCUCGAACGGUGCAGUUCACGAAGCCUGCUAUCCAUUAUUUCCAGGUAGACAGUAUUCAAGAAGGCCGCUUGUGGAUGGCAGCGUUGAUGAAGGCUACCAUCGAACGGGAUAUGGAACUCCCUGUAGAGACUUCCAAUAAACAGAAGACUGUUAGUCUUAAAGAAGCCCGUCUAAUGAACCAGCGGCCUCCUGCGCUGCUACCGACGGCAUCUGCAACCCAGGGAGCAGAGGGGAAAGAGGAACGCUUGACAACCACCACAGAGGAGGAGAGCGGCCUGAUGAUUCAAGGCCUCGGGAAUGAGAAUGUGCCUACCCACGGGGACGAUGACGAACAGAAACGGGUCUCGAGCCCUCUUGGUGACCUUGAUGUCGGCCCGCCCCCUUUGCUCCUUGAAGCAGUUGCAAAGACUACCAACGAGAACAAUACGAUAUACUCCGCCAAUGGUGCUGCGAUUCCCCGGUUUGCCUCCAUGUCCCUCCGCCGGCUUCUCUCCCGCGUACUAUCCCUCCUUCUGCCGCUGGCGAUAGCAAGCAGCCUUUUCCUCUAUUUUUACCCUGUCUUUCAUGGCUGUGCAUUCCCGCUGCCGGGGGAUGGUCGCACAGGGAUCCUCUCGAGUUCAUUUACCAGUGCGCUACGCCAACACUUUUCACCGCAAUCUGCAGAGAACCCCGCGAUUUUUAGACUUCUGGUCCUAGCCGAUCCUCAGCUAGAAGGCGACAGCUCUCUCCCGAAACCCGAAGAUGAGCUUUCUGCUCGGAUUCAACACCACUGGGCGACAGUGAAGUCGUCGGUGAACAGGACAGAGCCGGGUCAAAUUCUCACCGCCGUCUCAACUGCGCUGGAAUCCCUCGCCAACGAAGAUAUCCCUCGCGCUUUGCGUGCAGCCCGGAAACGGCUCGAUCUAUUGGGCAACGACUACUACCUUGCGCAUAUUUAUCGCACGCUACAUUGGUGGAGUCGUCCAACGCACGUCACAGUUCUGGGUGACCUGAUUGGAAGCCAGUGGGUGACAGACGAAGAGUUUGACCGACGCGGCCGCAGAUACUGGGAGCGGGUCUUCAAGGGUGGGGAGCGCAUUGGCGAUGAUAUUACAGCAACUGGCGCAAGGGAUUAUAGCGGUAGCGAAGAGCAGGGUGGCGAACUAGAGACACUCAAUGCUACGCAUUCCGCAUGGACGCAGAGGAUCAUCAACAUCGUGGGGAACCAUGACGUAGGAUACUCUGGGGACGCAAGUGAAGCGCGGAUUGAGCGGUUCGAGCGCAUGUUUGGCCGUGCGAACUGGGAUGUGCGAUUUCAGCUCCCAUUAGAGCAGGUCGAUAACAUGACUGCGCCCUUCAGCGCUCCCCCGACUCUGCAUCUGAUCAAUCUCAACACCUUGAUUCUCGACUCCCCGGCCCUGUCCUCGGACGUCCAGUCGCAUGGCUAUGCCUACAUUAAUGAUCUGAUCUCCCAUCGUUUGUACCCUGUGGAAGACCGCACAACAUUCACUCUCCUUCUUACCCACCUCCCCCUGCACAAGAAAGAGGGGAUAUGUACCGACGGCCCUUACUUCACGUUCCAUGAAUCAGACGACGAGGAUGGCCCCGACGAUGUACCGCGCUUCAAGGAAGGGGGACUGAAAGAACAAAACCAUCUGAGCGACCACAUCAGCAGCAGCGGAGUCCUCCAGGGGAUUUUCGGUAUGACAGGGGACGAAAGCGCCCCCGGCGGAGGAAGGGGAAGGAAUGGACUCAUCCUGACAGGUCACGACCACACAGGUUGCGACGUGGUCCAUUUUGUGAACCGAACGAUAGAUACAACAACCGCCGAAGACUCGGAACCCCAAAGUUGGAAAUGGGACGCACAACGCUACGAUAGCCAUACCGACAACUCAAUUCCUUCCAUUAGAGAGGUCACACUUCGCUCUAUGAUGGGUGAAUACGGUGGUAACGCAGGCCUACUUUCUCUCUGGUUCGAUACUACAGUGAAUGAAUGGCAGUAUGAGAUCACCACGUGCAUGGCUGGUGUGCAGCAUAUCUGGUGGGCGGUGCAUAUCGUUGAUCUGGUGACUUGUGUUGUUCUUUUCGGGUAUAUAUUGGCUGCUUCAGGGUCGAAACCUGGCCGUACAAAGAUGAUCCGGGUUGGUCAGGAGAAGAAGAGGAAUUAA